AUGAGCAAAAAGAAUGAUGUAAAUGAAGAAAAUGGAGAAUAUAAUCCUAAGGUUGAAGAGGUUUUAAUAAGCGCCUUAGAAUUUUUUAAUAUUCAUGGACUUGCCAAAGAAGAAGUUAUAAAUAAUAUUAAGAAAGAUGAAAAUACGAUUAGUUUAUUAAACGAUUUUUAUGAAAAGAAUGAAGAGUGUUUAUUUAUUUUUAAUGAGAAAGAUUGUUUAAAGAUAUAUAAUUCUAUUUUAGAUUUAUAUAAGAAACGAAAGAAUGAGAAAUUUUUAAUUGUAUAUAAGACACCACAAAGUAAUAUUUUAUAUUUAGAAAUGAAUAAUGAUGCUGAGAAUGUUAUAAGAAAUUUUUUAGAAAUAUUUUUUUCUAACUUUAUGAAUAAAAAUGAAGAUAUAAAUUCUUCUUCUCUUUUAAAAGAAAUGAAAAAGAAGUUUAAUAAUUUUUUACUUAAUUUAAGAAUUAUAUAUGGUGAAACCGAAGAAAAACUUACAUUACCUUAUGCUCCUUCAGAAAUAAAAGAAGAAAAUGUGAAUACGAUUGAAGAAUAUUUAAUACAUUUCAUAAAAUGUUAUCAUAUAAUAUUACGUAAUUUAAUGAAUUAUAAGAAAAAAGAAUAUAUAAAUUGUUAUGAAUUUUUAAAAUGUCUAAAAAAUAAAAGUGAAGAUAUUAAUUAUUUAUAUAAUGAAAUAGAUAAAGAUAGUUUUCAAGAAAUUAUAAAUAUAAUUUUAGAAAAAAAAAAAAAUUCCAGUUAUAAAAAUAUUAUAGAAAAUAUAAAAAAAGAAAUAUCUGAACAUAAAAUGGAAAUAGUAGAUCUUUAUACUCAUUUAAAACCCGUAGUACACUUUCUACAAAAAUUAGAAUUUAAUAAAGAUGAUGAUAUCGAAAAAAAAUAUAUAUAUAUUACACCUAUAAUACAUUCUUUAUCUAUAUCUAUAGAUAAAUCUAAUUAUUUAAUAAAAAAUUGUAAAUUUGUAUUUAAUUUCUUAUCUAAAGUCUUAAUUAAUACAUGUAACCAAAAUUUGAAUACUCCAGAAAUUAUUAAUUCUAUAUAUAAUUGUGUUGAUAUUUUAAAAAUUAAAUUAUAUGACACAUUGAAUUUCUUGCUUAACUUUUUAUAUAUAUUUAAAAUGUAUAAGACUAAAAAUGAAAAACUUCAAUCCUUACAUGAGCAUAACACAUAUGUAAUUCAAAGGAAAAAUCAGAUACAAGUAGCAUCAGAAAAACGGAAUGGUAUAGAUAUUAAUAAGUCAUCUGAAAAAGAAAGAGAAAGAGAAAGAGAAAGAGAAAAUAAAAAUAUAGAUGAUAUAGAUAUAGAUAUAAAAUCAUCUCAUCAAAAUAGAAACAAAGACGAAGAAACCUUAAAUCAAGAAGAUAAUAUAAAAAAUGAAUUAGAAGAAGAAUAUAGCUAUUUCCCAUCCAUAAGUUUGUAUAUGUAUAAAUUAAAGAUACUUAUUGAAUAUUUAAAAAUUUAUCAAACAUAUAUGAAACUUGAAAAAAUAGAAAUUCCAGGAGAAAAAGGAAAAAACCUAACAGAAGAAAUACAUAACAUAUCUAAUGAUUUUAAUAUAAUAAACGAAAACUUUUUAGAUAUUAAUCAUGAAAUUUUAAAUGAACAUGAACAUAUCUUUAUUAACAAAUAUAAUAUUUUUGAAUCUAAAGUUAAAGAAUUAAACAAAAGAUUAAUAUGUGUUUUUGUAUAUUCUUUUGAUAAUGAUUUAAAAAAAAAUAUCAAGUUAUUAAAUUCAUUUUUAAUAUUAAGAGAUAUACAUGUUAUCGAGGUAGAGCUCAUCAGACAUGCAUCUCUUUUGUGUCAAGAUCUAAAGAAGGAGUUUAUUUUGGUAGAUAACUUAUUUAUAAAAAAUAAAACAAUUAUAGAAAAUAACAAGAAAAUGUUUUUAGAAAAUAAAUUCCAGCAGGGGAUAUGUGACCUUGAUGAAAUAAAAAAUGUGAUAACUAACAAUAUUAUAGAUGUAAGUACUACAAAUAACAAUAUUAUAGAUGUAAGUACUACAAAUAACAAUAUUAUAGAUGAAACUAUCUCAGAUGUAAAUGCCUCAAACGAAAGCAACAAUAUAAAUAUAAACAAUAAAAUGAAGAAUAAACUACAGAUAGAUAAAAUGGAAAGAGAAAUCGAAGAAGGGUUUGAAGAUAACUUGAAAAGAUUAAACAUAAAUAAGAAUUCUCCUUUAUUUUGUGAAGUUAUAAAUUUAUUUACAUCACUAUUAAAAAGAAUUGAACAACAAUAUUUUCCUUUAAAGAAAAUAAUAAAAGUGUUAAAAUUUGAAAAUGAGAAAACUGAAGAAGUUAAAAUGUUAUAUAAAAAUAUAAAUGAGAAAAUUAGUAAAUAUAUAAAUGAUGUAAGCAAAGAGUGGUUUAAAGAAACCAUUGAUGUUGUUAAUAAUUUUUUGAAUGAAUAUAUAUUCAAAAAAAGGAAUGAUUUAUUUUAUGUAAAUUUCCAUCCUUAUAUCUUUAUGUUCAUUAAUAAUAUAAAGAAUUUUUUCUUAAAUAAUUUAAGUGUAAAUGAAGAUUGUUUACAUAUUUAUAAUAAAGCAAAUACAUUUAAGAAAUUUAUUAACAUAUUAAAUAAUAUUACUAAGAAAUAUAAUAGUGUCUUAACUAAAACAUUAGAUGUAGAAAAAGAAUUAUUUGAAGAAAAAAUGAAUAAUAUAAAGAAUAGAUUAUUAAGAGGUGUAAAUGAAUUAAAAUGGUCAGAUGAUAAUAUAUAUGAAUAUAUUGAAAGUGUUGAUAAAGAUAUGUCUGAUAUAUAUAAUAAUAUUUCUACUCUUCAUAAUAAUAUUGUAUCUAUAUUAAAUGUAACCUCUAACUGGGUUAAAAAAUCUAUUAUUGAAAAACGGAAAAGGAAUGAAGAUAUAUAUACUUACUUAAAUAAUUAUAAGAAUAAUAUGUCUAUAUUAAAAGGGAAACUAAAUGAUGAUUUUAAAAAUAUCAAUAUGAAUAUUAAACAAUCAUAUGAUGUUUUAAAAAUAAAGAAAAAUAAUAUAAUGUGGAAAAAUUAUUUAAAAUUUUUAAAUAAUAUAAUUAUAGAUAAAUUAAUACAAUUAACUAAUUUUUUAUUUAAUAAUUUAUAUGAUGUUAUGAAAAAUACAAAAAGAGAUGAACAAUUAUUUAUUAUAAGAAUAAAUUUUAUAGAAAAUAAACUUAAUUUAGAUUUGAAAUUAACAAGCAAAAAAACAUUUUGUAUAGAAACCAUUUUUUAUAAAUGGAUAGAUGAUUUUAUGAAUCUAUGUUCAGGUAUUAGAAGAAUAGAUAUAAAAAGUGGUGAUUAUCUAAAUGAAAUUUUAUUAAGUUUAAGUAUUCAUUAUAAUAAAAAUAAAAUAGAAAAUUUUUUUCAAAGUACUAUUAAAAAAAGUUAUGAAUAUUUACAUAGUUUAACAAAAUAUGAACAUAUAUGGAAAAUUGAUAUUAAGAAAGAAUUUCUUUCUUUUAAGAAAAAAAAUGAAAUACAAUUAUAUCCUACUUAUUUUGAAUAUAAUAAUAAUUUUCAGGACUCUUUAAAAUUAAUAAAUAUUAAUAUACCAUAUUUAUUUCCAAAUGUAUUAGCAUAUAAGAAAUUAAUAUUAACCUUAAAACAAGACCUAAACAAAUUCUAUCAUUUAAAAACAUAUGAGCCUAUAAAUUUUAUUUUAUUCUAUUCUGAGAAUUUUGUAGAAAAGUUAAUAAAUUUUACUAAAAAAAAUAUAUCUCUAUAUAGUGAAUAUCUUCAAAACUUUGUAAAAGAUGUAGUAUAUUCUAUUAAUUCCUUUUAUGAAAAUGUUAUAAACAAUUUGAAGCAAAUAAGUAUAGUAGAUUUUUUUAGUAAAAAAGGGGAUUCAAAAAAGGAAACAUUGGAAAAGGGGGACAUCUAUACAGGUCUUCAAAAAGGAGAAAGAAAUGUUAGACUUAAAAAGGGAAGCAUUGACAAUACAAAUAAUAAUAAUAAUAAUAAUAAUAAUAAUAAUAAUAAAAUGAUUGAUGGGGGUGAUAAUAAUGAAACGAUUGACGAGGAUGAUAAUAAUGAAACGAUUGACGAGGGUGAUAAUAAAAUGAUCGAUGAUGAUGAUAAUAAUAAUAAUAAUAAUAAUAAUGUGGAUAAUAUUUAUUACGAAUCGAAACGAUAUAAAAGCUCGAACGCUAAUAAUACUGAAGAUAAAAAAAAAGAAAAGACAAAUGAAUCAAAUAUAAACAAAAAGAAAGACAUAUUUUACAACCUAAUGAGAAACUUAAGAAGUGUAAAGUUAAGCAGGAAAAUUAUCCCAUUAAUUUUUCAAAAGAUUAAAGAAAUUAUGGAAAAUUUAAAAGAAUUAGAUAUAAUUAUAAAAUAUAAUGAUAUAUUAGAUAAUAUUGAAAAGAAUAAAGAGAAAGUCGAAAUACAAUAUAAUGAUAUAAAAGAGAAAAUAUUGAAAUAUAAAAAUAAUGAAAUAAAAAAUAUCAAAAUAGAAAUAAAAGAUUUUAAAGAAGAAUUAACUAAACUUAAAAAAUAUAUUUUUAAAAAUAUACCUAGUACACCUAAAGAUAUAUAUAAUUUUCCAUAUGAAAAAAUUAAUGAAUUCAGAAAAAGUUUUCAAACUUAUAAAGAUAAACAAAAAUAUCAUAAUGAAUUAGAAAUUUUAUUUGAAAUUGAUAUUACUAUUUUUGAUGAAUUAGAUGAAAUUGAUAUUAAAUUAACAGAUCUUAAACAUUUAUGGGAUUUAGUAAAUAGUGUAAUAUUUUUUAUAGAAGAAGAAAAAAAAAAAUUAUGGAAAGAUAUUGAUGUUAAUAGUAAUAUUUAUUUAAUUGAUUUUAUAUCAUUAUAUAUUAGAAAAAACUUUUUUGAUUUAAAACAUUUAUCUAUAUAUGAAUAUAUUAUUAAAGAAUUAAAAAAAUUAUCUUCUAUAUUACCUUUAUUAGUUGAUUUAAAUAAUGAAUGUAUAUUUGAUAGACAUUGGAAUAUUAUUAUAAACAUAUCUGGAAAUAUAAAUAAUUUAUAUACAAAAAAAAAAGAAAAUAAUAAUAAUCAAAACAAUUAUAUUAAUCAUACAGAUUUAUUAAAUACACCAUUAUCUAAUAAUAAAACAUCUAUUAUGAGUAUUCAUACAUUUAAUAAAGAAGAAGAAAUAGAUAAUGUCAAUAAUACAUAUGAUAAUGAAAAAGAUACAAAUAAUAAUAUUUUUGUUAAUAAAAAUAUACAAAUAAAAUAUAAAGAAUUAACUCUUCAAGGAUUCUUUGAUCUAAAAUUAUAUAAACAUGUAGAUGCAGUACAUGAUGUUAUUGAACAAGCUAAAAAAGAACAAAAAAUUGAGAAUAAAAUUAAAGAAAUUAAUCUUAUAUGGAAAGAAAUGAAUUUUGAAUUUUUAAAAAAAAAUAAUUAUAUACAAAUAACUAAUAUGGAUAUGAUUCUAGAAAUUGUUGAUGUACAUACUUCUGAAAUAUUGUUCUUUAUUAAUCAAAAGAAAUUUAUUUUAUUUAUUCAAGAAACCAUAUUAAAUACACAAGAAAAUUUAAAAAAAAUUGAUGAAGUCAUAAAUAUAUGGAGAAAGUUUCUGAACAAAUUUGAACGACUACAGCCUAUCUAUUUAAAUUCAGAAGAUAUACAUUCGCAACUUCCUGAAGAAAGUAAAAUGUUUUUUAAUAUCGAAAAUGAAUAUAAAGAAAUUAUUCAUAGUGCAGCAGAACAAAAAAAUGUUUUACAAGUAUGUCUUAAUGAAGAUUUAUUUUAUUUAUUAAGUAAAUUUUUUAAAAAUAUUGAAUUGUGUGAAAAAGCUUUAAAUGAUUAUUUGGAUCAAAAGAAAAAAGCUUUCCCACGUUUUUAUUUCUUAUCGAAUAUAGCUUUGUUGGAUAUAUUAAGUAAUGGAAAAAACCCUUUCAAAAUUCUACCUUAUAUAAAUGAUGUAUUUAAUGCUAUCAAAACGAUUCAAUUUAAGGAGGACCAUAAAAAAAAUAAUACAAAUGAUAACACAAAUGGUAACACAAAUGGUAACACAGAUGAUAACACAGAUGGUAACACAUAUGAUAACACAGAUGGUAACACAAAUGAUAACACAAAUGGUAAUACAAAUGACACUACAUAUGACACCACAAAUGACGCUUCAUAUUAUAGACAAGAACAAGAAGAGACAUAUCACGAUCAAAAUAAAAAAUGCAAAGAUAUUAAAACGCCUGAACCCAAAGAUUACAUAGCUAAAGGUGUUUAUAGUAUCGAAAAUGAACAUUUAGAAUUUUUGAACGAACUGGUUUUAAAAGGAAAUGUGGAAAAUUAUUUGAAAGAUUUGGAAACUCAUUUAAAAGUAACAAUUAGAAGUAUAUUGGAAAAUGCAAAAAUAUGUUCAGAAAAUUUAGAUGAACAGAAUAGAGAUGAAACUAUGAUAACUAAUUAUAUUAGUCAAGUAGUAUGUACUUGUAAUCAAAUUAUUGUAACAGAAGAAAUAAAUAAAUGUUUUGAUGAAUUAGAGAAUGGAAAUGAAUCAGCUUUUGUAGAUUAUAAAAAAGUAUUAAUUGAAAGAAUUAAUAAAUUAAUAAAAUUAGUUGAAAAAACAGAUGAUUAUAAUAUAAGAACAAAAUUAUUAUCUUUAAUUAUAUUAGAUGUGCAUACAAGAGAUGUUAUUAUAUCAUUUAUAAAAAAAAAAAUUUCAGAUAGUACUUCUUUUGAUUGGCAAGCACAAUUAAAAUAUUAUUGGGUUUAUGAUAAAAAAAUUAAUAAUUAUACAUGUGAAAUUAAAUUAUGUGAUUUUAAAACCAAAUAUCUAUAUGAAUAUAUAGGAAACUCAGGAAAAUUAGUAAUCACACCUUUAACAGAUAAAUGUUAUAUCACAUUAACACAAGCAUUAAAUUUAAUAUUAGGAGGUGCUCCUGCUGGUCCAGCUGGUACUGGAAAAACAGAAACUACAAAAGAUUUAUCUAAAGCUAUCGGAAUAGCUAUAUUUAUAUUUAAUUGUAGUAAUCAAAUGAAUUAUUUUAAUAUGUCUCAAAUAUGUAUAGGUUUAUCUCAAACAGGAGCUUGGGGAUGCUUUGAUGAAUUUAAUAGAAUAAGUAUAGAAGUAUUAUCAGUUGUUAGUACUCAAAUAAAAUGUAUAUUUGAUGCUAUUAAAGAGAAAAAAACCAUGUUUCAUUUUAUUGAUGAUGAAAUAGUAUUAAAGAAAACAUGUGGAUUUUUUAUAACUAUGAAUCCUGGAUAUGCAGGAAGAACCGAAUUACCUGAAAAUUUAAAAAAUUUAUUUAGAUCAUGUUCCAUGAUUGUUCCUGAUAUAAAAUUUAUUUGUGAAAAUAUGUUAAUGUCUUUUGGAUUUAUUAAAGCAAAUAAAUUAUCUUAUAAAUUUGUUGAAUUAUAUCAAUUAUGUAAAGAAUUGUUACAAAAAAAUAUUCAUUAUGAUUGGGGGUUAAGAGCUGUUAAGGUAGUAUUAAUACAAGCUGGAAAUUUAAAAAGAAAAUAUGCUAACUUUGAUGAAGAAGUUAUUUUAAUGAAAGCUUUAAAAGAUUUUAAUAUACCUAAAAUUACAUAUGAAGAUAUACCCAUCUUUUUAGGAUUAAUUAAUGAUCUAUUUCCUAAUGUUAAUUGUAAUAUAUUUGAUGAAAAAGAUCAAGAAAAAGAAAAUGAUAAUGAAGAAGAAAAUAAAACAGAACAACAAACAUAUAAUAUACAAGAUGAUGACAAAAAAUAUAAAAAGAAAAAAAAUAUUCAUCAUAAUAUGGAUAAAUAUAAAAGUAGCAUCACCCAAGGUUUUACAAAUUCGAAUGAUAACAAAAAUGAUUUGUUAAUUAAUAAGGAUAAUUAUGAAACGAACAAAAAUAUAGUGACACAUUAUGAAAAUGAAAAAAAAAAUGAAAAAAAAAAUGACAUUUCUGAAGAAAUGUUCCAAAUAGAUAAAAAUAAAAAGGAUAUAGAAAUAUACGAUGAGGAGACGGAUAAUGAUAAAGGGGAUAUAAAAGAAUUAAGACAAAAACAUAUAAUGUCUAAUCAAAAUGAUAAUGAAAAUUAUAUAAAUAAUAAAGAAUAUGAUAAAGAUUCAAAUAAAAUAGAUAAUUUAAAAGAGAAGAAAUUUAUGAAGGAAAAAAAAGAAAUGCUUAUUCCCAAUUUUGAUGAUGCUAUAAAAAUAUGUUUAAAAGAAUCAAAUUUACAAAUAGAUGAUAAUUUCAUACUAAAAGUUAAACAACUGAAGGAUUUAAUGGAUGUCAGACAUUGUGUAUUUAUAUUAGGAGAAGAUGGGUGUGGGAAAUCUAGUGUUAUUGAUAUUUUAAUAAAAAGUUUAAAUAAAAUAAAUGAAAAAUGUUUAUAUGAAAUUAUAAAUCCUAAAUCUAUUGAAUCAUAUGAACUUUAUGGAUAUUUAACUAAAAAUAAUGAAUGGAUUGAUGGUGCUUUAUCAUCAAUUAUGAGAAAAAUGUCUAGAAAUAUUAGUCCAUAUAAUGAAAAUAUAAAACAUAAAAUAACUUUAUUAGAUGGUAAUAUUGAUGCUGAAUGGAUAGAAAGUAUGAAUACUGUUAUGGAUGAUAAUAAAGUAUUAACAUUAGUAAGUAAUGAAAGGAUACCAUUUACAAAAGAAAUGCACUUAUUUUUUGAAAUCACAAAUAUGAAAUAUGCAUCACCUGCAACUGUUAGUAGAGGUGGUGUUCUUUUUAUUAAUAAAGGAGAUAUUAGUUAUAAAUUAUUUAUAAGCUCAUGGAUUAAUCUGUUAAAUAAUAAUAUUGCAAAAACUGAAUUCUAUUAUCUAUUCAAUAUUUUCUAUUCACAAAAUAUAGAUAUGUUAAGAAAACAAUGUAAAUUUGCUUUUGACCUUUCGAACUUAGAUAUUGUAAAAUCUGUAUGUAAUUAUAUUGAUUAUUUUUUGUAUAAAUAUGAAAAAUAUAUUAAUGAAGUCAUAAAAAAAAUUGAAAACAAACAAAAUGAAGAAAUUACCUUUAUGAAAAAUGAAAAUAAUAGAGAAGAGUUGUCUAAUUCUAACAUGAAAAGAAAAGAUAAAACAAAGAAAGAAAAAGAUACACAACCAAUAAAUGAAAUUCAUAAUAGAGAUAUAAAACAUGAAAAAGGAUAUCAAAAAAUAAACAAAAAAACAAAUUCUUUCAAAGAUAACAUAAUAACAAAUGAUAAUGAAUCCAAAUUAAAACAUCAAAAAAAUAAGAAAUAUGUAGAUGAUAUGAAUAUUAAUACAAAAAAUUUAAUAAAUAAUGAAGAAAAAAAUAUAAUAAACAAAAUUAAUUAUAAUUAUGAAAUAUUAAAAGAUUAUUAUAAUUGCUUUUUUAUGAACUCUUAUAUGUGGGUAAUAAAUAAUUUGAUAAUAGAUGAUAAAAUUAUGAAUUCCAAAAAUAUAUUUAGUAACAAUAUUAAAAGUAAUUUAAAGGUAAAAAUGGGAAAUGACUAUUGUUGUAAUUAUAUAUAUAAUAUAUAUGAAAAUAACUGGAAACACUUGAGCGAGUAUUUAGAUGAAGAUAUUUUAUUUCUUCAGAAAUUAAAAUGGAACACUUCUGAGAUGGAAAAUGAGGAAAAUGAGGAAAAGGGGUAUGAAAAUGAAGUGGCACAAGAAGGUGAGGAAGAUGACAAUAUGGAUGAUGUAAAUGACAAUAUGGAUGAUGUAAAUGACAAUAUGGAUGAUAUAAAUGACAAUAUGGAUGAUAUAAAUGACAAUAUGGAUAAUAUAAAUAACACUAUGGAUGAUAUAAAUAACAAUAUGGAUGAAAAAAAAAAGAAAAAGUUAAUAAAAAAUAAGAAAAAGAAAAAAAAGACAAUUAAUAACUAUAUUGAAAAUAUGUUACCCAAUAAUUAUGAUGAUAUAUAUAUAAAUACCAUAGAAUUAAUAAGAAUUGAAAAAAUGAUAAAAUAUUGUUUAGAACGAAAUCAAGCAAUAUUAGUAUAUGGUAAUAAUGGUACAGGAAAAACAAAAUGUAUUAAGAAUAAUAUAAAUAUGAAUAUUGAAAAGUUUACUCAUACAAUUAUAAGUAUAAAUUAUUAUACAAAUUCUUUUGUAUUACAAAAGAUCAUAGAAAACAAUGUCGAAAAAAGGAAUACAAGAACAUAUGGUCCUCCUAAUCAAAAGAAACAUAUAUUUUUUUUAGAAGAUUUGAAUAUAACUGCCAAAGACAAUUGUGAUACUCAACAGACAUUAGAAUUUUUAAGACAAUUAUUAACAUAUAAAUUAAUAUAUGAUAGAGAUAAUUUAGAUGAAAAGAAAUUUAUUCAUGAUAUAUCUUUUAUAGGUACUAUUAAUAAUAAUACGAACAAACUUAUAGAUAAAAGAAUUCAAAAUAAAUUUAGUAUAAUAAAUAUUGAUGAUAUAAGUAUGAAAACAUUUGAAAAUAUAUAUAAAAUAAUAUUAAAACAACAUUUACUUAAAUUUGAUGAUUCUAUAAAAAGUUUAUUAAAUAAUAUUAUAUCAUUUUCUUAUGAUUUAUAUACUAAUAUAACAGAAAAUAUAUCAUUCAAUUUAUCUAAUUUAGCUCCUCAUUAUUUAUUUAAUUUGAAUGAUAUACAUACAAUAUUUUAUAAUAUAAUAAAAUAUACUAAUCCAGAUAUAUAUAAUAAUCAAUUUAAAUUCCUUAUGAUUAUAUUUCAUGAAAUGCAACAUGCAUAUAUAAAUAAGUUAAUAUCUGAUGAUCAUAUAAAUAUUUUUACUCAAAUAUUUAAUAAAUUAAUUCAGCAAUAUUUCCCAUUCUUUAAAGAAGACUUUGAAAAACAUAUAGAUGUGUUUGAUAGUACUAAUGACCCACCUAAGAUAGAUCAUGGACAUGAUGUUACAUCUAAUAAGUCUUUGAUAUUUGAUGAAAAUGAUUAUGUUGAUAAUGAUACAUAUAAUAAUAAUAUGGAUAAUGACUUAAAAAAUGACACAAAUGAUGUUAAUAAUAAUAAUAAUAAUAUUGAUGGUGGUGAUGAUAGUAUUAAUGUGGGAACCAUUGAAAAAAACCAUUUAGGAAUGUCAAAUAAUCUAAAUAAUUCAAAUGAUAAAGAAAAUAUUAUGAAAAUGAAAAAAAGUAAUAAUAUUAACACAGAUAGUUACAAUAAUAAUAAUAAUAAUAAUAAUGCGAAUUUGAGGGGAAAAGAAAAAAGUUUAAUAUAUGAUUUAAAUAAAAAUAUUUUUACAUCUUUUAUAUCUAUUAGAAAUGGAUUAGAUAAAAUGUAUUUAAAUGUAAAAAAAUUUUAUGUAUUAAAAGAAGUAUUAACAGAAAAAUUGAAUGAAUAUAAUACUACACAUGUAGAAUUACCAUUAGUUUUAUUUGAUUAUGCAAUUAUUCAAAUAUGUAAAAUAUGUAGAAUUCUUGAUUUUAAUAUAUCACAUUUAAUGUUGAUUGGAUUUGGUGGAUCUGGAAAACAAUCUUUAAUAAAAUUAAGUAUAUUUAUUAAUUCUUUAAAUUUAUUAAAUAUAUCAACAAAUAAUAGUUAUGAUGUUAAUAAUUUUAAAUCAGAUUUACAAGAAUUUCAUUUAAAAUGUGCCAUAAAACCAGGAAAUGUACAUGUCUUAUUAUUAAAAGAAAAUGAUAUAUUAGAUUCUUUUCUUCCUUAUAUAAAUGAUUUAACAUCAACAGGUUUAUGUAAUGAUUUAUUUACAAAAGAUGAAUAUUUAGGUAUUUUUUCUUCUAUACGUAAUCAAAUAAAAUAUUUAAAUAUAGGAGAAAGUAAUGAAGAUGUUUUUAAUUAUUAUAUUAAUAAAAUAAAAACAAAUUUAAAAAUUGCUAUCACUCAUUCACCUAUUAGUAAUUUAUACAGGGAUCGAUUAAUUAAAUUUCCUUCAUUCCUUUCAAAUUUUUCUUUUAUUUAUUUUUUACCAUGGCCAUAUGAAGCUCUUGUUAAUGUAUCCAAUAGAUUUUUAAGUGAUAUAAAAAUCAAACAAGAUCUCAAAAAAAAAAUUUGUGAACAUAUGGCAUAUGUUCAUACAAGCACUAAUGAAAUGAAUAAAAAAUAUUUAGAACAAAAAAAUAGAUUUAAUUAUGUUAUUCCUAAAACAUUUUUAGAAUAUAUUUAUUUUUAUAAGAAUUUGUUAAAUGUCAAAAAUUUGGAAAUUGAAAAAUCUGUAGAAAGAUUAAAUAAAGGGUUACUAGCCCUCACUAGUACUAGAGAAAAUGUUCAAUUGUUACAAAAAGAAAUCGAAAUAAAAAUUACUAACAUAGAAGAGAAAAAAAUUGAAGUCAAUGAAAUAUUAAAUAAAGUGAAAGAAGCAACUGAAGUAACUAAUAAAGAACAGCAAAUUGUUAAUGAAGAGAAAAAAAAAACAGAAAUAUUUACGAAAGAAGCUAUUGAAAUACAAUUAAAAGCAGACAAGGAAUUAAGUGAAGCUUUACCUAUAAUGAAUAAAGCUAAAGAUGCUGUUAAUUGUAUAACUAAAUCAGCUAUUCAAGAAUUGAAAUCUUUACAAAAUCCUCCAAAAGAAUGUCUAGAUGUUACACAUGCUGUUCUAAUUGCAUUAAAAGAAAUUAAAAAUUAUUCUUGGAAAUUUGCUCAGAAAAUUAUGAACAAUCCUACUCAGUUUUUAAGUAAAUUACAAAAAUUCGAUGCAGAAAAUAUGGAUGAAGAAACUGUAAAUUUAUUAACACCUUUUAUUCAAAAAAAAUUCUUUAAUUAUGAGAUGAUGAAAACCAAAUCUUCAGCUUGUGCCUAUUUAGCUUUAUGGCUAGUUAAUAUAGUUAAAUAUAAUGAAGUAUAUAAAAAAGUGAAACCUUUAAUGGAUAAAUUACAAGAAGCAACUAACAAUAAAAAUAAAGCACAAGAAAAAUUAGAUCAAUUAGAAAAUAAAGUAAAAGAAUUAACAGACAGUGUUGAAAAAUUAAGAAGAAAAAUGAAUGAAGUCAAUGAAGAAAAAAAUAAUGUAAUCAGAAUAUAUAAUGAAUCAAAAGAUAAAUUAAAUAGAGCCGAAAAUUUAGUAAAUAUGUUAUCUGAUGAAUAUUCAAGAUGGUCUGAUGAAAUUGCUAUAAUUAAUUCGAAUAAAAAAUUUAUAUAUGGUGAUUGUUUAUUACUUUCUUCAUUUAUAACAUAUUUAGGAGUUUUUUCAAGUUCUUUCAGAAUUAAAUUAUGGAAACAUUUAUGGUUAGAACAUAUAAAAAACAGUAAUAUUCUUAUUAAUAAUAUUACAUCUCCUAUUGAUAUUAUGGUUCAAGAUAUACAAAUAGCAACCUGGAAAAAUGAAAAAUUACCUGAAGAUAUAAUAAGUAUAGAAAAUGCAUUGAUUGUUAGUACUUGUUAUAGAUGGCCUUUAUUAAUUGAUCCUCAGUUACAAGGAUUAAAAUGGCUCAAGGCAAAAGGAGGAAAUAACAUUACUGUUCUUCAAUUUAAUUGUGAACAUUUUAUAAAAAAAAUUAAAAAUGUUAUAUCAAAAGGGGGAUAUUUAAUAAUUGAAAAUAUUAGUGAAGAAAUUGAUAAUGUUAUUGAUGGGUUAUUAAAUAGGGAAUUUAUUAAAAAAGGAAAUGAUAUAUAUGUAAAAAUUGAUAAUGAAGAAAUGUUAUUUAACUAUCCUAAUGCUAUAAAUAGAAUUGAUAAAAUCAAGUCUUUUUUUGAAAGUAAUAUUAAUAAUAAUACUGCUCCUACUAUUAAUACAACCAUCAAUAAUAGUGGAACUUCCCAAACAAAUAACACAAAUAAUGAUAAUAACAAUAUUAACAUAGAUAAUCAAAAUAAUUAUGGUAAUGAACCAGGAGAUUCAAAUAAAAAUUAUCAUAAACAAAACUCACAAAAUAUGAAUAAAGCUUUUUCUAGCGAAAAUUUAUUGAAAGUUAAUUUUUUUAAUCUCAUUUUACAAACAAAACUAAGUAAUCCACAUUUCAAACCUGAAGUUAAUAGCCAAUGUACCUUAAUUAAUUUUAGUGUCACUUGUGAAGGAUUAGAAGAACAAAUAUUAGCUAUAAUUGUAAAUAUAGAAAAACCAGAAUUAGAAAAACAGAAACAAAUAUUAGUAAAAAAUAGAAAUGAAUAUAAAAUAAUAUUAAAUAAUCUAGAAGAUGAAAUAUUAUAUCAAUUAUCUACUGUUGAUUCAAAAACAAUUAUAGAUAAUAUUUCUUUAAUUAAUAGUUUAAAAACUACAAAAGAUACUUCUAUUAAUAUACAAAAACAAGUUGCGGAUUCAAUUAAUACAGAAAAUGAAAUUAAUAAAACUAGAGAAUUAUAUAGAACUCUUGCUAAUGAAGCUUCUAUUGUUUAUUUUAUUUUAAUACUUAUGCAUAAUAUUAAUUAUAUGUAUCAAUAUUCUUUGGAUUCUUUUAUUAAUCUACUAUUAAAAUCUAUUGAAGCUGUUAAUAAUGAUACUAUUAAAAUGUUAUCUAAUAAAAACUUAGAUAAUGAAAUAUCAAAUAAUAAUAAUAUGUAUGAUGAUGAUAAUAAUAAUAAUAAUGGUGAAGAUAGACAUUUACAAAAACAUGAUGAUAAAUAUUAUGAUUCUAAAAUAUAUCUUAAUGAUAAUGAUGAAAAUAUUAACAACAAUAAUGAUAGUAAUAAUAAUAAUAAUAAUAUUAAUAAUGUGUAUGAUGAACAUAUGAAUAAAUUAAUUAUAUCUUUUAGAAAAACCAUAUAUUCGUGGAUUAAUAGAGGAUUAUUAGAAAAAGAUAAACUUUUAUUUAAUUGCAUAUUUGUAUUUAAAUUAUUAGAAAAGAAAAAAAUUUAUGAUAAAGAUUUUAAUAUGGAUUAUCUAAAUUUCUUUUUAAAACCUCCAAGAGGUAAAGGUGUUACAGAAAACCCAUUAAAAGAAUGGCUUAGUGAUGAAUGCUGGGAAAAUAUUUUAAUAUUAUCGAAAUUUAAAGAAUUUGAAAAUUUAUCAAAUAAUAUUCAUAUAGAUGCACAACAUAAAUUUAAACAGUGGUGUUCAGAAAUUCAACCUGAAAUAUGUAAAUUACCUUUAGAAUGGAAAAAAUUAAAUAAUUAUUCUUUUAAGAAAUUAUUAAUUAUUAGAUCCUUACGACCAGAUAGAAUAACAGUUACUCUAGAAAAAUAUAUUAAAAGUAUCUUACCAAACAGUGAAGAAAUCAUGGAGAAAAAAAAUUCUUUUGUUGAUACAUUAGAAUCUUCCUAUAAUUUUAUGGUUAAUUCUACACCAAUUUUAUUUAUAUUAACACCUGGGUCUGAUUUUAUAAAAUAUGUAGAAAUGUUAGGAAAAAAAUAUAAGUUUUAUUUAAAUCAAAAUUUACAUGUAGUUUCGUUAGGACAAGGGCAAGAAUCAAUUGCUUUAUCAAAAUUAGAGUUAUCACAUAAAGAAGGUCAUUGGAUUGUUUUAGAAAAUAUACAUUUAAUGGCAAAAUUUAAUUUAAUUCUAGAAAAUGUAAUAGAUAAAUAUGCUACUGAAGGAUCUCAUCCAAAUUUUAGAUGUUUUUUAACGUCGGAAAUAACAACAAAUAUUCCUAUAAGUAUAUUAGAAAGAUCUAUUAAAUUAACGAAUGAAGCUCCUACAGGUUUUAAAGAAAAUUUGAAAAGAGCAUUUACCUUUUUUUCACCUGAUGAUUAUGAAGAAAAAGAUUUAAGAACGAAAAAUAUUUUAUUUUCAUUAUGUUAUUUUCAUUCUAUAAUUGUUGAAAGAGCAAAAUUCGGUUCACAAGGAUUUAAUAUAAAAUAUCCAUUUAGUUUAAGUGAUUUAAGAGAUAGUGCAAAAGUUCUUUUUAAUUAUUUAGAUAAUCAGAAUUCUAUAAAAGUACCAUGGAAUGAUUUAAAAUAUAUUUUUGGUGAAAUAAUGUAUGGUGGACAUAUUGUUAAUGAUAAAGAUAUGUUGAUAUGUAAAACAUAUUUAAAUUAUUUUAUGAAAGAACAAUCAUUAGAAGGAAUGCAAUUAAUACCAUUUUCAAAAAAUAUACAAUUAUUUAGUCCUAAUAAUUAUUCUUAUGAAAAAAUUUUAAAAUAUAUAGAUACACAAAUUAUAUGUGAAUCUUCUAUUUUAUAUGGUUUAAAUCAACAUGCAGAAAUGAAUUUUAGAACAAAUGAAAGUAUUAAAUUGUUAAAAAAUAUAUUAAAAUUAAAACUUAAAGAAACAUCAACCUUUGUCGAAGAAUUAACAACUGGUGAAACUAUGGAAAAUAAAACAUCAAAUAUUUUAUCAGAAAUAUUAAGUGAAAUAGAUAAUAUCUUUUUUAAUGUAGAAGAACUUAUGAAAUCAAUACCAGAUGAUCAAAUAACUCCUUUACAAUAUUUUCUAUUUCAAGAAUGUACUUUAAUGAAUUCUUUAACUAGUGUUAUGAAAAAUUCUUUAAAAGAAUUGAAUUUAGCUAUUAAAGGUGAAAUUAAUAUGACAAGUAAAAUCGAAUCUCUUAUGAAUGCUUUAUAUAAAGAUAAAUUGCCAGAAUUAUGGAAAAAUAAUUCUUAUUCAAGUAAUCGAAAUUUAUCAUCCUGGGUUAAUAAUUUGAAAGAAAGAAUUGCUUUUCUAACUGAAUGGUUUAAUGAUCCUUUAUUAACACCUAAAGUUUUUAAUAUAUCUUUAUUAUUUAAUCCAAACAGCUUUUUUAGUGCAAUUAAACAAAUCUUAUCUAGAAAUGAAAAAUGUGAAUUAGAUAAAAUUAUUAUGCAAAUUGAAGUUACAAACAAAUCUUUAAAUAAUAUUCAUUCAUAUCCUAAAGAAGGUGCUUAUAUUUAUGGUUUAUAUUUAGAUGGAGCAAACUAUGAUGUAGAAAAAAAUACAUUAUGUGACUCUUCAUCAAAACAAAAAUAUUUCUUAAUGCCAGUUAUACAUUGUAAACCAAUUGUUAGCAUGGGGAAAAUAGAUACAGAUGUAUAUGAAUGCCCUGUAUAUAAAACCUUGUCCAGAGGACCUACAUAUGUAACAAAUAUAAAGUUAAAAACUAAGGAAAGUUCAGAAAAGUGGAUUUUAGCAGGUGUUGCAUUGAUUUUGGAUAUAGCAGAUGAUUAA